AUCUGAGGAGGGCAGUAAUACGCCAUUUGAGCGUGCAGACCAAAAGAAAGAAGAAGACGUUUAAACCAAAAGCGGGGAACUCAAUAACUACAGUGAGAUUUGAACGAUAUCGAUGCAAAGCUUAAUGCAGAGUAAGCUUUUUGCUCCACAAUGACAACAGCAAAGACAAUAUUUCUGAGGACUUAUGGAAAGAAACGGCGCGAAAUACCUGCCUGGAUCUCACCGCAGGAGUUCAAAGGAGCCUUCGACAGCUCACGGUCAUCGGACGAUUCCUUGUUUGAGGCCGCUAUAUACACGAAACUCAGGAAAAAAGGGCAGGUCUCAGUCGCAGCAGGAGUCAGAACAAGGAGGGAGAAACGACUUUCAUUAACCUCCAGUGACAGCCAAGAAGAUGUGCCCAAUAUGCUAAAAAGUCACAAGAAUCCUCUUCAAAUCAAUACAAAUUCCAGAGCAAAUAAAGGUUCUUGCAAGGAAAAGGUGGUCCGCCCAACUAAGAGGAAAGCCAAAGAGAACAUCAAUUAUGAGAGUAUUUUCAACGUGCCUGUCCCAUCCGUGCCUGAGCCUCCUCCACGAGCCAAGGCAGUCAGGAAGAAAGCACCAGUCUCGGUCAGUUCAGCAGUCACAAUUAGACAUCAGGAGCAGAAUCAUCCGAUGAUCAGGGAGAGUGAUGAACAUGUGCUAUCUUCAGAAAAAUGCCACAAAAGUCCACUUCAAGUUAAUAUAUCUUCCAAUCUUUCUAAUGCAUUGCUGAGCCGUUUUGUGACUUGUCGUCAGCGCCCCAUUAUCACUACAGUCAAAGUCUCAAAAGCAAAAGACGUUGUGUUAGAUUCCUUUGACGACUUCACUUCUGGAGAGGAAAGCCAUCCUCCUCACAGAAAGAAAAAGGCGCAUUUUCCAGUGCUAGAUUCAAGUGUGGAGAAUCCCAGGAAUAACUUGAAUGACAACCCCUUGCAAGACACGCUUAAUCUUUUGGCAGAUAACAGCUUCGGACGGAGCCCCAGGAAGCCCAUCUUUUGCUCUACGCCUUCAGCACGCCUGUCAAGCAAGCGUCCACAUAUUGCUGAACAGUCCCUCAACCCCUCAACCUUGUCUGCCAGUCACAUAGUUGCAAGCUCAUGCCAAGGAGGGAAGGGCUCUGAGAAACCUCCAAAUUCUGCACCACCUUUACUGCUGAACUCAGACAAAAAACAGCAGUCAAGAUGUGGUGAGCCAAAUGAGAAAAAAUGCCCAUCUUUCAAUGAAGGACAUUCAUCUGACCUUUUUGAGGACGGCAAGCUGAAGAAUGAUGUGGCGUCAGAAAGUGAACAUUUACUUCAUGCAGACUGUCAAAAAAGCAACUGUUCUCAGUCCUUAGUGGAAGACUUGCCCUCACUAACUGAAGUUUUGAUGGAGAAGUGCUUGGCCCAGCAUUGCACGGUGAAGGUGAAGAGGUUAGACAGCCUCACAUUGAGUCACCUAUUCUACCAGACUGCUAACUCCUUCUUCCCUUCUGAUAUUAGCUCUGCUCACAAAAGUCCAAUCUCUGAGCAGCAUCCUCUUUUUACUACUUUAUCAUCAACAGAAUUGUCGAACGAAUCUAUUUUAACUGCCACUAAAGAUGAAACUGGUGGGCAGUCAUCCAUAACGAAUCAUCUGGCGUCUGAAACUUCUGAUGUUCCCAUCAUUAUCAUUACGCUGUCAGAUGAAAGUGAUUGCUCAGAGGAGUCAAGAUCUGAACACACUGCAGAAUCCAUUCAGCACACAAACGGCAGCUUUGAUUUAUUCACUUGCGCAAAAUUAACUGCUAUUAGUCCUGAGCAGUUGUCAACAAGGGAACUUGGUGCAGACUGUACAUUUCAAGGAAAAGAUUGCAAGGUUCUGGUUAAACGAUUGGAAUUGGAGGAAAUUAAAGCAUCCAUUUCCCAACUAUCGUCUGCAGGACAAUCAAGAAACGGUGCUAUUGACACAGAGAGUCCCUCUGUGGCAUUGAUCCAAAAAUGCCAAACUGACAAGCUCGCAGUUAGAUUACGGAGGCUGUCUUUAACACAACUGAAAGAGCUUCAGCAAAAACCAUCCACAAAUAUUUCAAAUGUUAACAACGAGGACCUGACAAGAAAGAAACUGGGCAAUACUUGGGCUGAAGCCGACUCAAAUUAUGCUAAAAAUAUUUCUUGCAACGAUGCAGAAAAGGGGACAUCUAAUUUGAACAACCUUGUGAUCUUGGACAAAAGCGAAUCCACAAAACGCUUUAAAUUUGAUCAAAAAACGUCUGGUCUGGUUGGUAAAAAGAGAAUGAGAAGAAGCCUUUCAACAGACCGGACGGCUACCACCCGAAAGGCGUGUGUCAGCGGCCUGAGCAUCAGUCGUUGGAAGAAUGACAGCAAAUUGCGAACGCCGUGUAGGAUAAAGAGGAAGAGUCAAAGGCGAGCUGGCAGCAAUCCUAUCUCGUCUCAAACCAUUGAAAUACAGGAGAUGAAUUUUUCCACCCCGGCAAAGACGUGUCAACUCAACCUUUCAUCACUGCUGGCUGACCUCACACCAUCAACGCAGCACUGGAAUCGACUCAAGUCCGCUCUCUCUAUUCACCGUAAAAUGUUGCUCACGCCGCCAUGUUUUAAAACCCCAGGGCUAAAAGACAUCAGCCAGCUCAUGUACGAUGCAGAUUUGUCAGAUGCAGAUAAGGUGUACACGGAGUGCGGCCAGCAGGGUCCGCUGCCCUGGAACGAGUGCAUUUCCCCUCUUCAGAUGAAACAAUGCGUCAAGAUCGGGGAGGGUACAUUUGGUGAGGUCUUCUCCACCAAGAACUCUUCAGGAGAAACAAUUGCUCUUAAAGUCAUUCCAUUAGAGGGCAGUGACAAAGUGAAUGGGGAAGACCAGAAGUCAUUUGGGGAGAUCCUUCAUGAAAUCAUUAUCUCAAAAGAGCUGAGCAGCCUAAAAGAGAGGCAUCAGAACCAGACCAGCUUCUUCAUUGGACUUAAUAAUCUCCAUUGUGUGAGAGGCUGCUACCCUCCUGAGUUCCUGAAAGCCUGGGACAUCUUUGAUAAGAAAAAGGGCUCAGAGAAUGACAGACCAGAUUUCUUUGAAAAUGAUCAGUUAUUCAUCAUCCUGGAAUUUGAGUUUGGCGGUGUCGAUCUAGAGAACAGCAACGGAAAGUUGUCGUCGUUCGCUGUUGCAAAGAGUAUCCUUCACCAAGUGACCGCCGCAUUGGCUGUUGCUGAGCAGCAGUUGCACUUUGAACACAGGGACCUCCACUGGGGCAACAUCCUGGUCAAAACAACAAAGCAGAAGACUGAAAGGUUCCUCCUCAACGGAGCAGUUCACUCUGUGGAAAGUAAAGGGGUGCUUGUCCGCAUCAUUGACUACUCUCUGUCCAGACUGGAAAUCGAUGGUCUGACAGUGUCCUGUGACAUCUCAAAUGAUGAGGAACUGUUCAUUGGUCAAGGAGAUUACCAGUUUGAUAUCUAUAGAAACAUGAGGGAGGAGAACAGUAACAACUGGAACAACUACCACCCUCAUUCCAACGUGCUGUGGCUUCACUACCUAAGCUCUAAGCUGCUCUCCAUGAGGUACCGUCGAACAGCAGUCAAGGGCAACAAGGAUACACAGAAGGAGCUUGCAGGGUUUCACGACAACAUCUUGCAGUGCACUUCUGCGACUGAAGCACUCCAAACAUGCCCCAUCUUCCAGUAACAUCCCCACCAUAGUAAAAGGAUUGAUAGAUGGAAGUUUAAAAUUUUAGCCCUCUGACCUAGUUCACAUGUGAACUUCGAAACAGCACCACGCACCAAUGGAAGAAUUGAGUACAAAAAACAAAAUAUUUUAUUCAAUUUUGUUCAUUAAGACUUUUGUACAUUUUUGCAUCAAAACAAGCUUCAUUUUGGUAUGGGAAGUGAAAAGUGUUUUGUCCAUAUUAAUGAGGAUCUUGAUUGAAUACAUCAAAUGCCUGCAUAUUUAAAAGAGACACUUGGUUAGCGACAUCGAAAGAUUGGACUUCAAUAAGAAUGUCAUCGUAGUGAAGCAACUGCAGUAUUGAAAAAAGGAAGACUGCUUUAAAAAAAAUAAAAUAAAAUAAA